AUGUGCAUUUACAUGCAGAAUUCGAUAGGCAACACCAAUUUAGGAGGACGAUUAUUUCAUAGAGCUGAAGGAUUAUUUACAGAAACUGUACAAGAAUUAGAAGAAGGCUUAGUUGUACGCACACACGACUCUUUUGGACCUGACGAUCCAAACUCUCCAUUACAAGCGCUUACAGCAGAAGAACGUAACAUCGCGUACCAAGCUGCAUUAGGAAGUCCAGCCCCUAGCGAACCUAAUGACGAACAUAAUGCAGGAAGCAAAGGAGAAACAGUAGUACAAUAUCCUGAAUUUGAAAUUGACAAUCAGUACUUCGAACAAGAAGAGUCCCCAUAUCCACAAGACUGUUCUUAA